CCCUCGCCUUCAGCUGCUUCACAGAGCUCAUGAAGAGGAUGAACCAGAACUUCCCCCAUGGAGGCGCCAUGGACACGCACUUUGCAAACAUGAGGUCACUGAUCCAGAUCCUGGACUCAGAGCUAUUUGAGCUGAUGCAUCAGAAUGGGGACUACACUCACUUUUACUUCUGCUAUCGCUGGUUCCUGCUGGAUUUUAAGCGAGAAAUGGCCGAGCGACACAACACCAAGCAAGUCCUGAAGCUGGCCCGGGACCUGGUGUACAAAGUGCAGACUCUGAUUGAGAACAAGUGAGGAGCACCUCGCCCGGGCAGUGCCAGCGAGCCACCCCCUGCCCAUCCCCUGCCCUCUUUUCUUCCCUGCCAGAGGCUAUCCCUGAAGCCAGGGCCUGGCGUCUGUUCAAGUGCACUGAGUUCUGUGCAAGAGAAACUAACCUGACUUUGGCUGCUGGGCGGAUGGGGUCGCGGGGUAUCCCUUCAGUUCAGCCUUAAACUUUCCGGUGUUUGACCAAAGAUUGCCUGGAAACGUCUGGCAUUUCUCCCUUGUGGGAGCUGGGGGUUGUUGGUGCCGUUCCUGGUCUCCAAAAGGAUGUCCUUUUCUUCUUUCUCCAUCUUUCCGAGCUGUCUUGUCAGAUGAGACUUUGGGAGGGAAUUUUUGCUUUGAAAUUGGUGUAGAAGAAGUCUAUGGGACUCUCUGCACUCUGAAAGGGCCCUUGGGAGAUGUUCCAGAACAUGGCCACAGACUGGCUCUGAGCAGGGUCUCUCCCCAUCAGUAUUACUGACAUUUGGGGCAGGUGAUUAUUUUGAGAGGGAUUGUCCUGUGUAUUGUAGGAUGUUGAGCAGCACCUCUGACCUCUACCUAUAAGAUGCCAGUUGCACCAUUCCCUAUCCCUACCCUGGUUGUGACAAAAAAAAAAAAAAAAAACGUCUCCAGACAUUGCCAGAUGUCCCCUGCAGGGCACAGUUGCCCCUAUUUGAGAACCACUGGCUUAGAGGAAGGCUACAAAUGUACCUCCCUCCCCACUGUCUUUGGGUCCUGCCCAAAGAGGUCAGGGCAGAAUCCACAUCCUGCUGCCUUUGUCCAAGGGAGGACCUUGCCUCUUCUUCCACAUACUGAGUCUCGGAAAGGCAUGUGUUUGGUGAAAGCCUCUUGAUCAAGGAGGCUGGCUUUUCUCUAAGCUUACUCAGGACCUAGAAGGAAAAGGAAGGCAGAGGUCAGCCAGCGUAGAGUGUGGUAUGUGUUUUCCUUAGGAAACACCUGCUGAUGAACCGGGGCCAGGGAACAGCUAAAUCUGGGAACGGCCACCUCCACAUCUUCACACAGAGUCACCAAUCCACAAACAGACUGCACAUGAACUAGUUUACUCUUUCUGCCUUCCUCUCCCUUUAAUAGAGCAGUCUUGACAAUUCCUCUGUUCUGAGAAUGGACCCAGAAUAGGAGGAAAUGGUGGACACCAGGGGGGAAGGGUCUUUCCCAA